AUGGAGUUGGACCGGGAGCGUGAGCAAUGGCAUAAUAUCACUGUCAUCGCCACACAGAGAGACAAUCCAAACCUUGUGACCAGGGUUGUGGUUGCCAUAGAGACACUGGACCAGAAUGAUAAUGCACCAGAGUUGGACAAACAGUACACAACAUCUGUGUGUGACUCCAGUACCCCUGGACAGGUUGUUCAGGUGGUGAGGGCAGUGGAUAGGGACCAGGGAGGACAGGGCGUCACCAUCCACUUCAGCAUCCCUCCAGAGUUCAGCUCUGCUCUAAACCUCACCAUCAGGGAGAGUGGAGGUGCCACAGCCAGCCUUGUUCUCCAGUCGGCACUGCAGCCCCUCCCUGACUUCUCCUUCUCCCUCCUCACCCUGUACGUGCCCAUUGUGCUGCGGGAUGGGGCGUCUGGCCUCACCAACACCGGGACGGUCACCGUGAACGUAUGUCCCUGUCUGAGAGGGGGCAUGCGGGCCGAGGAGCAGGGGAGACAGAGGGACAGGGGCUGGGAGAGACAGACGGUAUGUCUGCCCCGGCCCUCAACCUCUCCAUCACUGAUCUUCAGUAUGGUCACCCUGCUGGCCCUGCUGGCCUGUGUCACUACACUGCUAGUGGUGUGUGCUCUGUCUCUGUCUCUGCGGCAUCAGAAGCAAGACUCCCACUCCCCAUUUGAGGAGGAGGAUGUGAGGGAGAACAUCAUUACCUACGAUGACGAAGGGGGAGGGGAGGCAGACACUGCUGCCUUUGACAUCACCGCGCUCCAGAGCAUGCACAGAGUAGAGAGCAUGCAGGACAGCAGGAACAUAUGGUACACCCAGCAGAAUCAGGCCAGGGACAUGACGUACAGCUGGAGCCGGACCCCACACUCUACUGCGGACCCACAGCGUCCCGGCUCAACCCCUGUGUACGGACACCUCUGCUACAGCAUUCACACCCUGCCUGUCCUCAGAGACUGUCACAAGGGGAAAACACCGUUCCAGUCAGGUCUGCAGCUGGCCAAACCGAUGGGAACCUAUGGGCUUCCUGGCAAUCACAUGGAUAACUCCCUAGUCAUCCAGAACCAGGGCACCUUUGAUCUACUGGAGCCUGAGGCGAUUCAUCUCAACUCUGCUGAGCCACGGUUCCCCAGCAGAGAUGGACCAGAGAUCUGGGUGGCUAACAGCAGACCCACAGAAAAAGAGGGAGGCAGGGAGACCAACACUGACACCCAGCAGCAGCUGCAUCCAGAGCAAGGCCCAAUCAGAGUCAGAUAUUAGCUUUCAUAUAUAAUGGAUGUAACAAUGUUGUUAUUAUCAACCUCAGCUGUCUCAAUAUUAUUGUUGUAAAUCUCUCAGGCUAUUUUUCAUUUUAAAGUAGUUGAUAAUCGUUAUAAAAGUAUUGUGUAUUUCCUCCCCAGACACAGCCUGAGUCUGUACUGACAGAUGAAGCACUGGUUCUGACCUAUUCUGUCCCAAAUGGCUCAUCCUCUCAGAGUCACAGCAGCAGCAUCUCUUCAUCAGAGCAGCAGGAGAACAAUCCAGACCUCAUUCCCUCCCACACUACCACCACCACCACCACCGGAGCUUCUAGCUCUGCUGUAGAAGACACAGACACAGAUUCCUCUUCUCUCCCCAGCUCAGAGAAGAAUGAAGACGCUGUUGGUGUUAGCCAGAUAAAUAAUAAUCACAUCCACACUAAUCUACUGGGGGACUCAACAUACAGCAUUGUGGGUUCACUAAACCAGGGCAGUGGAGGGAUGCCUGUGACCGGGACUACUUUGUAUCCAGGCAGUGCAGAAUUCCUGAACAUGUAUGCGCUGAGUAGGAGGGACCUGACCCCACAGCUACUACCACUCUCUGGAGGCAUGCUGGGA